CCAGCCGUCCUGGCCAUGCAGGGCCCUCCGCCGCCCGCCCCGGGCCCUGGGCCCGGCUCCCCCCGGGGCUCCCCGCGUGGCUCCCCUGGGCUCUUCAGGAAGCUCCAGGUGAACCAGAGCAUCCGCCUGCAGCGGCGCUUCACCGUGGCCCAUCCGCUGUGCUUUGACCUGGAAAAUGGGCUCCCGGGCGGGAGAAGCACCCUGGACCCUCAGACUGGGCCUGGCCUGGGCCGGGUCAUCCAGGCUCCUGCCCCGCACAGCCAGCGGCGCGAGUCCUUCCUGUACCGCUCGGACAGCGACUAUGAACUCUCGCCCAAGGCCAUGUCCCGGAACUCCUCCACAGCCAGCGACCUACACGGAGAAGACAUGAUUGUCACACCCUUUGCCCAGGUCUUGGCCAGUCUGCGGACGGUUCGGAGCAACGUGGCGGCCCUUGCCCACCUGCAAGGCUGUGGGGCAGCCAAGCAGGCAUCGGUCGGGAACCCUACGUCCAGCAGCCAGCCCCCUGCACCUACAGAGGACCCGGAGCAGAAGCUGGCACUGGAGACCCUGGACGAGCUGGACUGGUGUCUGGAUCAGCUGGAGACACUGCAGACCCGGCACUCGGUGGGCGAGAUGGCCUCCAACAAGUUCAAGCGGAUGCUGAACCGGGAGUUGACCCACCUCUCUGAAACCAGCCGCUCUGGGAACCAGGUGUCCGAGUACAUCUCCCGGACCUUCCUGGACCAGCAGACUGAGGUGGAGUUGCCCAGGGCGGCCGCCGAGGAGCCUGCACGGCCCAUGUCCCAGAUCAGCGGCUUGCACGGGCCCCGCCACAGCGCCAGCCUCUCCUCAGCCACCGUCCCGCGCUUUGGGGUCCAGACUGACCAGGAGGGGCAACUGGCCAAGGAGCUGGAAGACACCAACAAGUGGGGGCUUGAUGUGUUCAAGGUGGCAGAGCUAAGUGGGAACCGGCCCCUCACAGCCAUCAUAUUCAGCAUCUUUCAGGAGCGGGAUCUGCUCAAGACAUUCCAGAUCCCAGCAGACACGCUGGUCACCUACCUGCUGACCCUGGAGGGUCACUACCACGCCGACGUGGCCUAUCACAACAGCCUACAUGCUGCUGACGUGGCCCAGUCCACACACGUACUGUUGGCUACACCCGCCCUCGAGGCUGUGUUCACAGACCUGGAAAUCCUGGCCGCCAUCUUUGCAAGUGCCAUCCACGACGUGGACCACCCCGGCGUCUCCAACCAGUUUCUGAUUAACACCGACUCGGAGCUGGCCCUGAUGUACAAUGACGCGUCGGUGCUGGAGAACCACCACCUGGCGGUGGGCUUCAAGCUAUUGCAGGCAGAGAACUGUGACAUCUUCCGGAACCUCACCAAGCGCCAGCGGCAGAGCCUGCGCAAGAUGGUCAUCGACAUGGUGCUGGCCACAGACAUGUCCAAACACAUGAACCUCCUGGCUGACCUUAAGACCAUGGUGGAGACCAAGAGGGUGACAAGCCUCGGUGUCCUUCUACUGGACAACUACUCGGACCGCAUCCAGGUCCUGCAGAGCCUGCUGCACUGCGCGGACCUCAGCAACCCCACCAAGCCGCUGCCCCUGUACCGCCAGUGGACAGGCCGCAUCAUGGCCGAGUUCUUCCAGCAGGGUGACCGCGAGCGUGAGUCAGGCCUGGACAUCAGCCCCAUGUGCGACAAGCACACGGCCUCGGUGGAGAAGUCCCAGGUGGGUUUCAUCGACUACAUUGCCCACCCGCUGUGGGAGACUUGGGCUGACCUGGUACACCCAGACGCACAGGACCUGCUGGACACGCUGGAAGACAACCGCGAAUGGUACCAGAGCAAGAUCCCCCGAAGCCCCCCGGACCUCACCAGCCCUGAGCGGGGUGGCCCUGACAGAUUCCAGUUUGAGCUGACUCUGGAGGAGGCGGAGGAAGAGGAGGAGAAAGAGGAGGCAACGUUAGACAGGAAGGCCUCAGAGUCACCUGACACUAAGCUCCUGUCCCCUGAAGCCAGCCAAAACCCCAGUGACCUACCUCUGGACAACCACAGGACUUAGGGCAAGCCCUUUGGCACCAAAUGGCCCCUAGUG